GAUGAAUGGUGAAUGAGUCACAUUAAGAGGGAUACCCAGAUUGCUUUUCGAUGGACGAGAUGUCUUAAAACACCCUCUGGACCUCGAAAAGAAGAUAUGACAUUUCUCAUUUGUAGGGUGGUACGCAAACAAAUAGUGAAGGGUGAAAUGCAGUUCAAAAUUACUCAGGGUCAGAUAUUGCUGCUCCUAUAUACCCUAUGAAUUCAUCGGGCUACAAAAAUAUAGAUAAUAUUCACACAAACAACACACUUCACAAAAUCCUUGCUUACAACAUCCGCUCCCGCCGGCGAAGUAUGUAUAUGGUCAUUCGGAUAGAACACGCCCACGGCCUCCUUUCCCAGCGCCUUAUUAGCAUUCGCAGCAUACUGCCCAUGAUCCACAAAGGUAAUAUUACCAUUCGCCACAUUCUUCGCUGCCAACGCAGCACCCCUGAUAAGGCCGCUAGCUGCAUAAUUAAAAGUCCCGGAUUCCCAGGGAUUAUUCGGCGUUUGGUUGGAUAUAAUCACAUGCGCUCUCAGUUUCCCAAAAGUCUGCGUGGCUUCUGUCAUAUAUGCAUCGAAGGCCUUGACCACUGCCCCAAUUUUAGUCGUGUACGUUACAUCUCCGGUGUCAGGGCAAUUGGACCGGCCAUUGUCACUCGACUUUGGCCGUCAUUGUGGCUGAAUUCGACAACAACGAAAUCACCAGGUUGGGCCAGUUUCGUUACAUUCAUAUACGAAAACUCCCUGUCUCCGGGCAAUUUUAACUCCUCCGCACUUUUUAAAACUAUCCCCUCGUCCGGCGAGACAUUACUAGCGUAUCAGCCACAGCUAUUGACAAAGUAGAAGCCAUCCGAGACUGGGUAUUCCGAUUAAACCUGGCUUAACGCGAAACACUAAUCUGCUUCGUCGGCUAUUAUCGCGAUCGUGGUUCCACUCAUCGAGCUUAAGGCUUCGGAUUAAGACACGCACUUAUA